AUGCAACGAGGCGCUGUGAAGUCGAAAGACAAGCUGAACUGGUACACUAUCCGUCUCCUCGCCUUUAUUGGACUCGGGUCGUUGACCUUUGGAUACCCCGCCGCGGUGAUUGGGACAUUGCUUGUGGAAUAUUUUAACCUGGAAACGCGAUCCAAUGGAACGGACCUUAUAUCUACCAUGAACGGCAUAUUUCAAACAGGAGGUUUUAUAGGGACCCUUCUUUUACCCUGGGUGGCCGACAAAUGGGGCAGGCGUUGGGCACUGGCUGUUCCUGCAAUCCUUGUCUUUGUUGCCGGAGCCGUGAUGGCAGGCAGCACCAACGUUGGCGAAUUCAUAGUAUUUCGAUUCUUUGCCGGUGCCGGUUCAUGGAUGUCGGUCGCAGCUGCCCCGCUCAUGAUGAGUGAACUCGUUCCCGUCAAUCUACGAGGUGGCCUUGUGGAGAUCCACGGGAUUUUCUUUCAAAUUGGCUAUAUGUCGUCAGGCUGGAUCGGGUUUGGGACCUUUUUCUGGCCAAAUAACGGAAACAACUGGCGCCUCCCGGUCGCUCUCCAGUGUCUUUCUCCAUUACUGCUACUGUGUGGCCUUCCGUUCUGCCCAGAAAGCCCGAGAUGGCUUGUCAUGCAGAACCGAGACGAAGAGGCCAAGCGUGUACUGGAGAAGGUGCACUCUCACUCUGACGAGGGCCACGAUAGAGCCCACGCAGAACUGUACCAGAUCCAGAAACAGGUCGCCAUUGACCGGGAGUUGAAAUGCACUUGGACACAAUUGUUUCGCAAACCCUCCUACAGAAAGAGAGCUAUUCUGGCAAUUGGGACCACCGGAAUCGUCCAGUUUGCCGGCGUCUUGGUCAUUAACAAUUAUGGACCAGUCAUCUACAAACUUCUCGGCUACGGACCCGAAAAGCAACUACUCUUUCCCGUCGUGUGGUUGACAGUCGGAUUCUGCCUCUUCCUUGUCGCGCCAGGCUUGAUCGAUCUGUUCCCCAGGAACAUUCUGUUGGGUGGCGGGAUUAUCGGCUGCUCCGUUAUGUUGAUGAUCAUAUCUGCGUUGAUCGCCAAUUUCGUCCCGUCAAACAACACUGCCGCCUUGAAGGCGACCGUGGCAUGCUUCUACCUGUAUCAGCCAUUCUACGUUAUCGGGCUUGAUGGCACUCAAUUCACCUUCCUCGGCGAGAUCUUCCCCACGCAUCUUCGCGCGAAGGGCGUCUGUCUUGGUUCUGCAGUGAUUGCGUUGAUGAACAUCAUCUGGCUUCAGUCUGCACCGACAGCAUUGGCGAAUAUCGGUUGGAAAUACUUCCUGGUCUUCAUCAUCGGUGGAGUCAUAGGCGGUGUCUUGAUCCUCAUAUUUUGGCCCGACACAAGAAACAUGCCCUUGGAAGAGGUUGCCGCCAUUUUUGGUGACGAAGACGAAGUCGCCGUUUAUCAGUACGAGCUCGAGAUCGACCCGACGACUCAUACGGUCAGGGACCACCACUUGGAGAGCAAAGUACUGCAGGCACAGCAGGUCGAGGGUGAGAGGAAGGACGGUCAGGUGGAAGUGUUGCCGGAAACUCGAACGGACUGA